UGUGUGAGAGAGAGAGAAAGAGAGAGAGAGAGAGAGAGAGCAGCUGCAGCGGCAAGAGGAGCUCGCGCGCGUCCCACGGCAUAUUCACUAAAGACACCCAUAUCACCCGAAACAAGCGCGAUUUAAACAUGGUCGACCGCGAGCAGCUGGUCCAGAAAGCCCGGCUGUCCGAGCAGGCUGAGAGAUAUGACGAUAUGGCUUCUGCCAUGAAAUCGGUAACUGAGCUGAACGAGGCCCUUUCCAACGAGGAGAGGAACCUGCUGUCCGUGGCCUACAAGAACGUGGUCGGCGCUCGGCGUUCGUCCUGGCGCGUGAUCUCCAGCAUCGAGCAGAAGACCUCGGCGGAUGGCAACGAGAAAAAGAUCGAGAUGGUUCGCGCCUACCGUGAGAAGAUCGAGAAGGAGCUGGAGACCGUGUGCCAAGACGUGCUCAACCUCCUCGAUAACUUCCUGAUCAAGAACUGCGGAGACGUCCAGCACGAGAGCAAAGUGUUUUACCUGAAGAUGAAGGGCGAUUACUACCGUUAUCUGGCGGAGGUGGCCACCGGCGAGAAGAAAGCAGGAGUGGUCGAGUCUUCCGAGAAGUCCUACAGCGAAGCCCAUGAGAUCAGCAAAGAGCACAUGCAGCCCACACACCCCAUUCGCCUGGGUUUGGCGCUCAAUUACUCUGUGUUCUACUACGAGAUCCAGAACGCGCCCGAGCAAGCCUGCCAUCUCGCCAAAACGGCUUUCGACGACGCCAUCGCCGAGUUAGACACCCUGAACGAGGACUCCUACAAAGACUCGACCCUCAUCAUGCAACUCCUGCGAGACAACCUGACGCUCUGGACGAGCGAUCAACAAGACGACGAGGCAGGCGAAGCCAACAAUUAAACACUGAAGAAAAGAGAAGAUCUUUUGAGACCCUUUUCCUCUCGGCCGUAAUGUACAACACGCGAGCUCACACUAUAAAGAAAAACAAACAAAACAAAAAAAAUCACAAAAUGGAGGCAUUAUGGAAACGUGUCGGCCACGUAGUCGCAGCAGGUUUCUUUAUUUCCCGCUGAAUUACGAUUUAGAGAAAUAUGCUAGUUAAAAAGAUUGGUAUGCCUCAAAAAACGUAAAAACAAAUAAAAUAAUAAUAA